AUGCCAGGUGUAACCACAGCGUCGGCAUUGACAUCAUCGAUACAUUACCAGCCAUUCCGAUACCCGCCACCAUCACAGCCAUCAAGUUGCUCAGAGGAAAUUGAUGACCUAGCAUCCUCCUAUCUUGCCAUCACUGAAUUUCUUUUCAAGGAGUCGGGGGAAUCAGGGGGGAAUCAUUCAAAAAGUAACGUUUCCACACCACCACCACCACAAGAACAGCAACAGCUAUCAAUCAGAAAGCAAGUAUGUUGUAAAGGUGAUCAAACGAUGCGUGAUCUUGAUGAUGUUAUGGUGGCAGUAUCAGCAAAGAAACGUUCGAAUGGAAGAGAUGCUAGCAUGGAUGCUGCCGACAGCUAUUUAAGACCUAUUUUGGCACCACGUGAAAAAGUCGUAGCAGCAGCAGGACAUCAAGUGGAUAAUGAUGGCAACGAUGAAGAACGACAGCGACCCAUGUCUUGGCCACCUGCAACAAGGACUCCGUCUUUAUCAUCCAUGCAUUUCAAUGAUGACCGAAAGUCUACCGCAGUGGAUAUUAGAAUGUCUCCUCCUCCUUCCUCAAAGUCAUCCACCACCUCCUCCUUAUCUGCCACCACAACGACAGCACUUGCCUCUGUAUUAGAUGGCAUGAAAAGGGAUGAGACGUUUGAUCGACAUGUUACAGGGGCACCAAAAACAGCAUCAUCUGGCCAUGAUGAUGGUGGUGGUCAGCAGUUGCCAUCCUCAUCAAUAUGCAUCAUCCGAAAUGACUACGAUGCCAUAUUGCAUUAUCCCUCAUCAUCAUCAUUGAAUAUAAAUAAUCCAUCAAGAAUGAGUGAUGAUGCCAUUGAUCCUUUGUAUGGGAUUUUACGGAGCAUUUACCAUGCUGAGAAACAAAUGAUACGUCGAAUGGAAGCACGUCAAUCAUCUACAACAACAACAACAUCCAGCAAUGAAACAGCAGCACGUUCUUCUCCGCCAAGAGAUCGACGGGGAUUACGUAGGUCGCUUUCAAAUCUUGUUCUCACGUGCAAGGGUAAUGAGAAGAACAAGAAGAAUUCUUGGUGGCUAAAGUCAGUGAUUCGUGGGAGAUUUGCUCAGGAUAAACAAAGCAAUGAUGAAUAUCCACCACGCUUUUCCCUAUCGAGACGUUUGUUGGCUUCGUUACCAGGAACCAAAACAACACGACUAGCAACCCUUGUUUCACGUUCAAGAAGCGAUCUGCAACAACAACAACCACCAAGUUUACCUGUCCACAUGCAACAAUCUGUGUAUCGCAUGUCCCAUCUCAAGUUAGCUAAUCCACAACGCCCAUUACUUCAACAAGUGAUGAUUUCGAAUUUCAUGCAUUGGUGUCUUGCAGUUCAACCAUGGUAA